AUGGCAGAUCCUUACAAUCCUUAUACUUCCUACUCCACCCCAGCUCCGGGUGGAGUUGGUUAUUACCCACCGGAUGAGCAGAACCAGCGACCUGAAUACUCACACCAACAGUCAUAUGACAACUACGGUAAUACAGAAGGACAGCAACCCCCAAACUACAACUACAACGCCCAGGCAAGCCCCUACCAUCUCGCCCCAGACGCUUAUCAAAAUGGCGCCCAAGAGAGAAGCUACACACCAACAGGACAACCAGACCACCAGGGUCCGGUAUCCCACGGAGGAAAUGCUCCAGCGAACGCAGGAUACUAUGAUGGCCACCCAGAGCAACAACCUCGCUAUACGCCAUCUUCAGGCCCAAGUCCAGCAGUGCAUGUGUCAGGAGCUCCAGAAUACCCACAGUAUGACGAAGAAGGCCGUCCCAUAGAAUCCGAGGGAGGAGAAACCGAUCGCGGCUUGGGAAGCACUAUUGCCGGUGGUGCGGCAGGAUACUACUUCGGUCACAAGAAGGAACAUGGACUACUCGGUGCUCUUGGUGGGGCUAUUGCUGCCAAUUUCAUCGAGAAUAAAGUGAAGGAUCAUCGUGAAAGUUCUUCUGGUAGUCAACAUGGAAGUGAGCAUGGAAGUGAGCAUGGUCACCAUGGUCAUCAUGGUCACCACCAUCACCAUCAUCAUCAUAGUCGGAGCCGGAGCCAUUCACGACAUCAUGACGAGGAUGAUUAUUGA